AUGCGUCAGUCCUAUGCAGUCAUCUGCUUCAUAGCUCUACUCGCACUUCCAUAUGUGGCAGCCCAAGAGGACACUACGUCCAGUUUGGACACAUGCGCUACCGAGGAAGAAGAGUCAAGUGCAGCUCCGACUAAAGCCCCUUCUACAGUACCUCCAGCAGAAAACCAGAUAUGUAGCAUGAAUGCUGGUUGGGAUCCAGUGAGAACCAAAGCCCUCGAUAUGACUAAUUGGCGCCGAUCGCAACUUGCUCUAGGACAAGUGGACAAAGCUAAUUCAGUUUACAUGCCGCAAGCUGCAAACAUGCAGAAAUUGAGAUACGACUGCGAACUUGAAAAAUCAGCAAUAGCACGCGCAAAAGCCUGUCCUGAAGACCAGUACGUCAGUGUGGAUGUGCAAGAGAACAAGAAUAAAAUAGCCAAAUCCGCUGUAGCAGACCAAGUACAGGCCAUGUCAGAGAGUGUAAAAACAUGGUGGAAAGUGAUCAGAAACGAUCCCAACAACAUAGGUCUCCAAGUGUUCUGGAGACAAAAAUUUGAGUCCAGCACACUUCCGUCGUUCUCUAGGAUGGCCUGGGCUUUGAGUAAUAAAAUGGGAUGCGCUGUAGAAUCAUGCGGUAGCGAUUGGCAGGCUGUGUGCCACUACGCCCCAGGGGGAAACAAAAUUGAAGAGAGAAUCUACCUACCGGGCACUACCUGCACUCAGUGUCCUGCAGGCACCCAUUGCGAUAGCUCUUUGGGACUCUGCGUAUAA